GGAUAAGAGGGGAGGACAAAGAGACCCCCCCAAGGAAAGCGCCCUCCCUGGGGCCCGUCGACAGGGGCCCCGAUCCAGGCCCCGACCCAGGUGGGAAGGGGGGACCCAACACCUGCAGGGCUGGCCUUGCAAGAUCUCCUGGGCAGCAGCAGCACCGCCAGACUCCCCUUUCUCUUUCCUGGGGGGCCGAGAGAUGCUCAGCUGCCCUGCCCCCCCGGGACGCCUUGGCGGGAAGGGGAAUGAGGACCCCAAGCAGGGCUGGGGGUGGGGCUGAGGCCCCCCAUUCUCCCGGCUUCCCCCUGGCAGGAAUCCCUGGGGUCCUGGGGCGCCUGGCUGGGGAAACGGAGAGAGGGAGUCCAGGGAAGGGUUAAAGGAAGGGGAGGAGCCUCGACAGAGACCCCUCCCCUUCCAUCACCACUUAUUCCCCAGUCUCCCUGCUGGCAGUCCCAGACCAUCAUUGCCAUACAGGAUUGUCCUGAAUACCACCAUUUGCUAGCCAAGCCCAAACCCAAAAGUCCCGCUGAGAUGUUGAUUGAUAAUAUUGUCAUUUAUCCGUUUUAGACCCCUAAAUAGUAGCAAUUGCAAGGACAUUGUGCUGCUCUCCUCUGUACAGUUCCACCCCUAUUUCAGACCUUGUGGCUGAUUUAAAUGUUUAGCUGCUGAUAACAUGGCAACGUUUAGCAGGUGAUAUUGUGAAGUUUAGCUGGUGAUAAACCACAAUUGAUAUUGUGAGUUUUGGUAUUGAUAACAUUACGAUCUUUAUCUGCUAAUAGCCCUGCAAUAUUUAGCAGGUGAUAUUGUGAGGUUUAGCUGCUACUAACAUUGCAGCGUUUAGCUGGUAAGUUAUCGCAAUGUUGAAAAGCAGGUGUUGCCUAGCCCUUGCACACAUUGUGAUUCGUAAUAUAUUGCCAGCUCAGUAUUAGGAAACAGUUAUCACGAUGUAAACUUCAAGCCAGUCUUGGGCAAUAUACCAAUAUAUCGCACAGCUCUAAUAAUGACCUAUAUUUCUGACCCAGUGUAUCAUUGCUGAUUUUACCAGUUUGUCCCCAGGAAUCCCUGGGGUCGUGGGGUGCCUGGCUGGGUCCCUUUUGGCUGGGGAAACGGAGAGAGGGAGUCCAUGGAAGGGUUAAAGGAAGGGGGAGGAGCCUCGACAGAGACCCCUCCCCUUCCAGCACCCCUGCCCCCCCCCCGUCGCCCAGCCUCCCUGCUGAGGGUGUUGGCUGUCCCAGAUCAUCUGUAUUCACUAGGACUCAUCUCCAUACUUUGGAUUGUCCUGAAUACCACCAAUUAUAGCCAAGCCCAAACCCAAAAGUCCUGCUAGGAUGCAUCUUGGCUUGCCUGCUGAUGAAACUGAGCGUAAAACAAAUAGGAUUUUCUCCCUACCCCUCCCCAUCGAAAGAAGACAAUGGAGAAGGCAAUCAGAAUUCUGGUGGGCCAUGUCCAAUGGGAAUAACGAAGAAACCAUUUAAAUACAUGGAGUGUGAAAACAGAGAACAUAAACAAUUUGAAAGUAUGGAGUGUGGAAAGAGCUUCACUGACAGUGGAAACCUUAGAAAACACCAACGGAGUCACACAGGGGAGAAACCAUUUAAUUGCAUGGAGUGUGGAAAGAGCUUCACUGAGAGUGGAACACUUAGAAUUCAUCAACGGACUCACACAGGAGAGAAACCAUUUAAAUGUAUGGAGUGUGGAAAGAGCUUCAGUCAGAGUGGACACCUUAGAAUUCAUCAACGGACUCACACAGGGGAGAAACCAUUUAAAUGUAUGGAGUGUGGAAAGAGCUUCAGUCAGAGUGGAGACCUUAGAAUACAUCAACGGAGUCACACGGGGGAGAAACCAUUUAAAUGCAUGGAGUGUGGAAAGAGCUUCACUACUAGCGGAAGCCUUAGAAUUCAUCAACGGAGUCACACAGGAGAGAAACCAUUUAAAUGCAUGGAGUGUGGAAAGAGCUUCACUGAGAGUGGAUGCCUGAAUGCACAUCAUCAAACACACACAGGGGAGAAACCAUUUCACUGCAUGGAAUGUGGAAAGAGCUUCACUGAGAGUGGAAAACUUAGAAUUCAUCAACGGAGGCACACAGGAGAGAAACCAUUUAAAUGUAUGGAGUGUGGAAAGAGCUUCAGUCAGAGUGGAUGCCUGAAUGCACAUCAUCAAACUCACACUGGGGAGAAAUCAUUUAAAUGCAUGGAAUGUGGAAAGAGCUUCACUACUAGCGGAAACCUUAGAAUUCAUCAACGGAGUCACACAGGAGAGAAACCAUUUCAAUGCAUGGAGUGUGGAAAGCGCUACAGUCGGAGGGGAUGCCUGAAUGCACAUCAUCAAACUCACACUGGGGAGAAAUCAUUUAAAUGCAUGGAAUGUGGAAAGAGCUUCACUACUAGCGGAAGCCUUAGAAUUCAUCAACGGAGUCACACUGGGGAGAAACCAUUUAAAUGCAUGGAGUGUGGAAAGAGCUUCAGUCAGAGUGGAAACCUUAGAAUGCAUCAACGGACUCACACAGGGGAGAAACCAUUUAAAUGCAUGGAGUGUGGAAAGAGCUUCAGUCAGAGUGGAAAAUUUAGAAUUCAUCAACGGAGGCACACAGGAGAGAAACCAUUUAAAUGCAUGGAGUGUGGAAAGAGCUUCACUGAGAGUGGAUGCCUGAAUGCACAUCAUCAAACACACACCAGGGAGAAACCAUUUCAAUGCAUGGAAUGUGGAAAGAGUUUCACUGAGAGUGGAAAACUUAGAAUUCAUCAACGGAGGCACACAGGAGAGAACUCCAUUGCAUGGAGUGUGGAAGGAGCUUCAGUCAGAGUGGACCCCUUAGAAGACACCAACAAACUCACUCGGGGAGAAGCAAAUAAAUGUAUGGAGUGUGGAAAGAGCUUCAAUAGAAGUGGAAACCUUAGCAAACACCAGCAAACUCAAAAAGGGAAAACCACUUACUUAUAUGGAGUGUAGAAAGCGCUUCAGUCCUGAUGUUCUUACAAAACAUCAAUGGACUCACAAGGAGGAGAAGCUUUAAGAGUUGAAACCCAACAAUCUACCAACAAACUGGAAAAGCAGAAAUGAUUUGAAUGGAAGGAGUGUGCAGGAAGUGCUUCUAUUACUUUAUAUGUAAAUAAUUUUACAUGCACAGACCAUCGGCUGUGGGGAGGCCUGCAGGGCCUGCUCCCUUCCAAGGCCUUUUCCAACUGGCCCAGUGGGCGUGGCCCAUGCCCUCUCUCCCAGCUAUACUCCUGCUGCGGUGAGGCCUCGGACCAU